AUGACUGGUGAUAAUGAAAUCAAGAGGUUUUAUUAUAAGCUCAUAAACCACGAGUUUCGAAGUCUCCAGCUAGACAAUAACCUCAAGAAUAAGUCAGUAUUUGAUCUAAUAGAUUAUUGUGAAUUGCUUUACGAAAAUUCUCAGUUAUCAAAGGGCUCAGAUAAAUCAUUGAAUUUUUAUAUCAAAGGGUACUUGAUCUUCAAUUAUUUCAUUAACAGUUUCAUAAUGUUACAUUUUAAAGGUUUCGAUGAGUUCAUUAAGUCCAAUGAAUACGAUUUCAUCAUUUACUUGAACGUUUUUGCCUUUUAUAACACUAAUGACAUGAUAGAUAAUGAGGAGUAUAGUUUCCCCUUAAAUGAUCUCAGAAUGUUGAUCUUGGAAUAUUUGGAUGAUAAGAACUUACUAAAGUUCGAUGUAGCAGAAUUGUAUGCUUGGUUAUACGAGUACAUCGAUUAUUUGAAGAAUAAAGAUAAAGAGUUGACUGGUGAUGAGAAUGAUGGGAUUGACGAAUCUGCGAAUAAAGACGAUUUCUCCAAUGCUGAUGAUCCUCACAGAGAAGAAGACGAACAAUCUGUAGAUAGUCUUGUAUUUGAUAAAGAUGAAGAUAUCAAGUUCAAAACCAGAUUCCCUUCAUUGAACAUUACAUAUAAAGAGAAGGAGAAACCUCAGGAGAAACUUCAAGAGAAACCUCAAGAGAAACCUCAGAAACGACCACCAAUCCCCACUAAAUUACCUCCAGGAUUACCUUAUCCUAUGGAGAAUGCAUCUUCGCUGGAUUUGAAACCUAUUGAGCCGAUCAAUGGUAAUCAUGGACACCUCAAUUCUGUGAACAGGGAUUCUCAGCCAUCAAUUCUUCCCACUCAAAUAUCAAAUCGUUCAGUGCCAAACCUUCCUCCCCUUCCAACACCUCCUAAUCAUUCAAAUUCAAGUCAUCAAAUUAACGGGACUCCACAGGGCCCCCCUCAUCAUAUCAAACCACCUCGAUCAGCUACCAUGCCAAUGAAUCCUCAAAUGAACCAAUACGUUCAACCCCAAUACAUUCAGCCUUAUGCUCAGCCUUACAGUCAGCCUCAGCCGUAUAUGCAACAUAACCAGGCAUUUCCUCAAGCAUUUCCUCAACAGUUCCCACAACAGUUCCCGCAACAAUAUACCCAACCUUAUAAUCAGCCUUACCAACUAAAUGGCCAACCAGGACAAUACUCAAAUCCACCUUCUCAUAAUGGGUACAAUGACAAAUCCACUAGAAUGAAAGAAUUAUCUAUUUGCGGAUUGAAGAACUUUGGUUCUUCUUGUUAUAUCAAUUCUACCAUUCAAAUAAUCUUUGGAAUUAAUGAUUUCAAGAACAUUUUCCAAAAUGGUGAAUACAGAAAAUAUAUCAACAACCCCAAAUUUCUUAUGGCUAGACAAUCUGGAGCUAACAAUUCCAAGGAAACUGUCCUUCUUAGUGAAUCGAUCUCAGCCCUUUUAAGAUCAUUCCAGAUGCAUGGUGGCUCAUCUAUUGCCCCUACCAAAUUCAUAAGAAUCUCAUCUAUUCUCAAACCUGACUUCAAUAUCCCUUACGAACAGCAAGAUUCUCAAGAGUUCUUACUUUUCAUCUUGGAUAGAUUACAUGAGGAACUUUCUCAUAAACCUGGCGAUAUUGAUUUCAAGACCUUCGAAGCUUUCCUUAAUCAAUGGAAAAUAAAUAUCCCUGAAAAUGAAUUUGAAGGAUAUUUCAAAUGGUAUAACUCGGUAAUCAACUUCGAAGGUAAGUCUCCCAUUAAUAGUCUAUUCCAAGGACAUCUUCAGAACAAAUUGAUCUGUAAUAAGUGUAAUUUUGAAUCCAUUAGUUAUUCUCCUUUCACCAUAUUAUCAUUGCCUAUACCGGAAACCGGUAAUAAUGCAGUAGAUUUGAGUGAUUGUUUGAGAUAUUAUACUCAAGAUGAGUUACUUAAAGGUGAUAAUGCAUGGCAUUGUCCUAAAUGCCAUAAAGAGGAAGAGAAUGCCUUAGACAAUCAUCCAGUGUUUACCAAAAAGUCCGGUAUCUUCAAGUUCAGUAGGAGAAACAAGUCACCAAGUAGAUCAAAAUCACCAUCCAGACCUUCAAAGGUCGAUACAUCCAUUAAGAGACUCACUUUUAUUAAGAUGCCUCAGGUACUUUUUAUCCAUCUUUCUAGAUUCUCCUUCAAUUUGACAGAUAAGCUCGAUACCAACAUUGUCUAUCCUUUGAAUUUGAAGUUCAACAAUUACUCCAAUGAAAUAUCCUACAGAUUAACAGGGAUAAUCAAUCAUUACGGAACGUUGAAAUCAGGUCACUACACCUCAUUGGUGGAUAAAAGCGAUGAUUAUUGGUGUUAUUUCGAUGACGAAAAUGUGAGAUUGGGUGUUCACCAUGGAAACUAUAAGAUGCUGAGUAGAGACGUUUAUGUAUUGGUUUAUGAAAAAGUGAUGUAG